ACUUCUCUUCGAAUUCCCAGAAUUAGCAAUAACGGCAUAAAACCCAACUCUGUUUCUCCACUGUCAGCCUUUCACAACAGAUCCAUUUUGUAGUUGCCAAAAAAGAGAGAGUAAUAGUCUGUUUUUGUUUUGUUUUCGAAGAGAGAAUUCCUUCGGGUUGACUAAGAUUAAAGCUUUCAUGGGGUCCAUGAAGAUUUCUCGGACCUCCCUCCUCUUAUGUUUUUUCUGAUACCACUAAAGAGCUUCAACUUUUGGCUCUUCUUUUUUGUUCCUUCGGAGAGAUGCAGUCGGGUCGGUUACAAUCCGCGGUGAGUCCGAUUCCCCAGCGGAUUCAGUCUCUUCAAGCAGCUGAUACUAGAGGGAAGCAUAGGAUACAAGCAGAACUCAAAAGGCUAGAGCAGGAGGCUAGAUUCUUAGAGGAAGAGCUAGAGCAGAUAGAAAGAAGGGAGAAGGCAUCAGCAGCAUGUAAAGAGAUGCUCGGCAAUGUCGAAAGUAAACCCGAUCCGCUACUCCCCAUAACAAAUGGCCCUAUAAUUCCUGUAUGGGAUCAAUGGUUUGAAGGACCCCAAGAAGCUCAAGGUUGCAAAUGUUGGAUACUGUGAUAGUUUUUUAGCUGAUUCAACGGUUCUUUUUACCACACUCGGUUCAAGCCCUUUCAACAAUACAUUUUAGUUGUG